AUGACUUUACGGUCAUUAGCUUUCCAGGCCGCUACGGCUACAAGCUGCCGCAGUAGACUGAGCCUACUACACGCCGCCUGUAUAGAAGGUGAUUUAGAAACAGUCCAAAUAAUCACAAGCUACAGCCCAGGGAAACUCGACAACGCCAUUGCAAUAUCCAUUGUUACUGAAAGCUAUGCACUAUGUGCAGGUCAAAGUGCGUUGGAAAUUUCUGCUAAAUCCCAAGGCAGCCAACACCAAAAGAUUUACAAUCUCCUGCAAAGUAUGUUUCAGGAAUUUCAAUCCAGGUCAUUAUUGUUAAUCGCGGCUAGAAGAGGCAAAUUGGAGCAUGUCAAGCGACUUCUUGACCUAGGCUAUGACCCAAAUGAAGAGUCAACUGACGCUAGCAAGAUCACACCACUAAUGCUGGCAGUUGCUCGUAAUACACCAAUUUUCGCUGAAGUUCUCAUCAAUAAAGGAGCUAAUGCAAACGCUAAAGAUGAAAACGAAAUGACAGCGCUUCAUUACGCGGCUUUAAAUGGACGAACGCGAACUGUGUUGCUGUUAAUAGAGGCUGGGUCUAACGUGAGUGACGUCACUGACAGAGGAAUGACCCCGUUGCAUUUCGCCUCACAGCACGGUCACACAAAGACAGCGGCAAUCCUCAUUGAGCAUGGCGCCAGUGUUCAUUCAAGAUCAUCCAGUGGCUACACACCUUUGAUGUUAGCAACGGAGAAAGGUCAUUACGAGACGGUGGAGUUUCUUUUGGGGCAAGGCAGCAGUGUUCAUACUACAGAACAAAUGGGAUUUAUUUCACUUCACUUAGCAGCUGUGAAAGGUUACACUGACCUCGCACGGCUGCUGCUUCAGAAAGGAAGUAAUGUGGACUCCAGAGCCUCUGGCAAGACACCAUUGUUUUUGUCGUCAUUCUCCAAUCACAGAGAAGUCACUGAGCUAUUGUUACGCUAUGGCAGUGACAUCAAUGCGCAUGACAUUUUUGGAAGAACCGCUCUUCAUUAUGCCGCACAGGAAGGGCUGGUUGCGAUGGUAACGCUACUGAUUGAAAGAAGCGCUAACGUGCACGCACGGGAUCAAGAAGGGCAGACACCAUUGUUCAUGUCAGUAAUCUAUGACCAGAAAGAAGCAGCCACGCAACUAAUUAAUCAGGGAGCAGAGGUAAACGCAAAAGACAUAAACAGAAAAACUCCGUUACAUUUCGCCGCUCAAGAGGGUUACGUAGAAAUUGCCGAGAUGUUAAUCCAAAAUGGCGCAGAUGUAAGCGCUGAAGAAGUGACGGGCGAUCAACCGCUGGCGCUUGCUGUGGCAUAUUGUAGUGAUGACGUAGUUGCCUUGCUGAUACGUCAUCGCGCUGAGCUAAACGCUGCAAAUGAAAGUCUGUUAACACCUCUUCAUAUUGCCGCACAGAACGGCAAAACUACGCUUGCCGAGAUGCUAUUACAGCAGGGUGUUGAUCCUGAGGCCAAAGACUGCGAUGGUCAGACACCGUUACACAUAGCUUGCUCUUACGGGGAUAUUAAGAUGGCGAAAGUAUUAGUAAGAUAUGGUAGUGACGUCGAUGCGCGAGACGGCGCUAAUCGCACGACGCUUUGUUUAGCUGUAAGUGAAGGACAUAUCGAGAUUGCCUCCUUGCUACUGAAGCGUGGAGCAGAUGUUAACCUAGUGGACGGAGAAGGGUACAGGCCACUUCAUAACGUCUACACUAAUCUUCAUAAAUUUCUAAGCGACGACCGAACAAGCUUGGCCAUCGCUGAACUGUUGUUUGAAUUUGGAAGCCAAGUUGACGUGACUGAUCAUAAAGGGCGAACCGAGUUGCACAUGGCCUGUGAAUGCUCAUCAAUUAAACUUGUAGAACAGCUUAUUCAACAUGACAGUAAAAUAAACGCUGUUGAUUCGGAGGGAUGUACACCUCUUAUACGAGCGAUAAGGUUCUCUCGCAAGCCCGAACCUAUUGUGAAGUUCUUGAUUGAUAACAAUGCUGAUAUACUAAUGAAGGAUACGUUGGGUCGCUCUGCUUUACACUAUUCAGCAGGGCUGAAAGGAAAUCGAAAGAUCUGUCAAUCUCUGAUUCAGAAAGGUGCCAGUGUUUACGAAGAGGAUUACGAAGGAAACACGGCGCUUCAUUUAGCAGUAAAUCAUCGCAACAGAAGCACUGCUGAACUCCUGUUAAAAAAUGGCGCCAAAAUAGACGCAACAAACAAUCGCAACGAAACUGCUCUCCUUAAAGCGGUCUCCGCCAAAUGCGAAUGCGUACACGGCUGCAGAAGGUGCGCGUGGAAAUACCACUCUGUCGCGCUGUUGGUCGAAAAGGGAUGUGACGUCAGAAUGACUGAUAUUGAUGGUAAUGGCCCUCUUCAUCUGAUCGCAGUAUGGAUUACUGAUGCCACUACAGUACGAUUGUUGCUUAGAAACGGCGCAGACGUACGGGCACAGAACAACCAGGGAAGCACACCUCUUCAUCUUAUCUCUGCUGUCAAGUGUGAACGAUCCAGGGCAAAGUAAGUCUGCGUAAUAUGGAACAAUUAUUUUUUAAACAUGUACGUUUUAUCAACGAUGUUGAGCAAACUAUCAUGAUUUGUUAAACGAAAGCAGAUCCGGCUUGGUUGCCUACUCCCAAGGCAGGGGCAGAUAAUUGGUCUGUGAGACACUGGAGCAGAUUUGCGAACGUAGUUCAACCUCAAUCAGGUCAAUCAGCAGGCUUGUGUUGUUGUUGUUAUAGCCGUAAUGAGUUUUUCGUGUCAUUGUAGUGAAGUCAGAGAUUGAAAUUAUUUCGCCGUACACUAUAUUUUUGCCUUGUAAGUUCAGUUGGUUUCCUUUCAUUUCAUCUCAGUGCUUCGAAUUUUUUUUUAGCCUAACAUUCCUCAAGAUAACACAAUGAGAACAAUUACUGGGACACUUUUAUGUCGCUUUUUAGGGCGAGCUCGGUAAUGACUGAGGACGAAGAUACAGCCUUCGCCCUUCAAUCGGUUUUAUCUGCAUGUGUUUCCGACGGAUGACCGCGCCUAUCAUGGUGGUCUCAUUUCCAGUAGAGCACCAAUGUAUUAGAGUCCCCAGUCAUUAAAUCCUGUUUAGUACAAUGAAAAAUUAACCAAAUGUAGUUUUGUGGGUGUAGAUGGGGUGCUCAAAUCUCAGUUAUCAGUUCGUUUUUCGACUUUUCAGCCAUCAGUUAGAAAUUUCGGCAAAGCUUAUUUAUUUAUUUAUACAGGAAAAUCUGGUUUAGCAUAGCUAAUUUAAACAGAGUCCAGUAGAAAAAAAACCUACUAUCAUUAAUUACUACUAAUCGCGUUUGUCGGAACGCAUCCUAAUGUGGUGUUCCUGUGGCACUAAGGCAGAAAUUUUCUAGCUAUCACGGGUGACUGCAAAUUAGCCGCCCUUAUUAGUUUUAUCAGGGGCACCCCGGCCGGGAAACUGGACUCCUUUCGACUCGAUUUCUUUUCCGUAAUUUUUUCGUGAGUGACGAACACGGAUCCGUAACAGUGAUUACCUCUGGUCAAUAAAAGUAACACUAUCUAAUCAAUACAAACGAAUUAUGAAAAGAGUUGGUUGAACUCCACCUUGGGCCUCGUUUUCGUUUCUGUUGCAGGUUCACCAGGUCAAGAUGGACCUGUGACACAGCGGAGCUAUUAAUUCGCUAUGGCUGUGAUAUCAGGGCUGUGGAUAACGAAGGCAACACUCCACUUCAUCGAGCAGCCGAAUCGGACCGAGAAGAUAUUGGUGGCAUCUUAUUGGACCGUGGAGUCGAGGCAGAAGCCCUGGACUGGCAGGGGAACACACCACUUCAUGUCGCAGCGGCUUGUAAUUCCAUCAGGGUUGCAGCGCUCUUGCUCAAAUAUGGCGCUAACGUUACAGGAUUAAACUCCGAAGGGAGAUCACCGCUGGAUAUAGCUUACAAAGCUGGGAACAUCGAGGUCGUUGAGCUCAUAGAGCAAACAUUACUAGGGUGA